AUGUCCACAUUGGAAUCACACCCAACCGUUGCAACACAAUCAAUAUUGAGUCCUCAUAGUUGCAUGUCUUGCAGACAGUUACAUCGGAAAUGUUCAAAAACAUUACCAUCAUGUCAAUAUUGUAUCAAGAGAGGAUAUAAAUGUAUUUAUGAGCCAUCAUCAUCGGGAAGAAGAAAGGCUCCAAAUUCCAAUCAAUCUGCAUCUGCUAUUGAUGAAAUUGUUUUUAUUAAUGAUGAAUACUCUCAAAAGAUCACUUCAUCAAAACAAGGAAAUUCAACAGCAAAAAAAGGCUAUCAUCCCUAUAAACCAUCACGCUCAACUUCCAACAAUCAAGGAAAUACUAAUAUUGAUUAUUUAAAUCAAUUGUUGAACCCUACAACCACAAAUAAUUAUGAAAAUCACCAACACCACCAUGGAAACAAUGCAUCAAAUUGUUCAGCAACAACAAACACAGCAAUCGUUUCUCCAAAUGAAGUUUUUGUACAGCAUCAAAUGAAUUAUAGAUUUUCUGUAGCUCAAGCAUUGGAUAUUUAUUACAAUAUUAUUGCAUUGGGAUAUCCUGUAUACGACCGAAACAAAUUAGAGAAAGCAUUGGAUUUCCAGCUCAAUGAACAAUUUUGGUUUCAAACACAACCAUAUCAAGUGUCCUGUGAGUUGGAAAAAGAGGUUGCUGUUUUACAAACAAUGCAAGCAGUGUGUUUGCAACAAAUGGGAAUUCUUCGAGAGGUAUCAGAUCAAUUAUUUAUGAAUGGGAAACGAAUCAUUGGAAAAUAUUAUGAUGAAGUGGAUUCAAUUAGUGUAUUGGUUGCCAUGAAUUUUAUGGCUGAUUACAUGUUAGGAAAUGGAGAGAAAACGAAAUCUCGAGCCAUGUACAUGACUGUGAGGGCCAAAUUGGAACCAUAUAUCAAAGAAUGUUAUCGUCUCUGUUGCAAUUCAUUCUCGCCCACGAAUGGUCAUAGAAGCACAAUGACAUUACCAAAUAUUAACAGUCAAUAUCUUUCUGCUUUCCUCUUAGAAUCUCAAACAAAAUUUCAUGAGUUGUAUUUUAUUGAGGAAUUGAAUCCAGAAACAUUUAUCUUUGAUGAAUUUGAGAUGGCAUCCAUGUUCAAGCUGAAAAGAUAUAAAUUGAAUGCAACAACAUGUCGAUGUCUUUCAAAUGAGACGUAUCAUCAAUUAAUGACCAUUCAUGAGAUAUUUGUUGCAAUGACAGAUCUGAUCAUGACGGCAGCUCGUAAAAAGAACUCGUUAAUAUUUUUAUUCUCUUCUCUGGUUGCAAAGCAAGUUCAUUUGGAAAUUUUAACGAAUUGUGAAAAGAAAAAUGUGAAAGCCAUUUUGAGAGUUUCCAGAGAAGUGAUUGAACUGACGAAACAUGAAUUGUUUAACUUUUUACCUUGUUGUGCCACAAAGGCUGUGAUUAUGGCAUGUUCACUGAGAGUUGAGUAUUUUUCACAACUUUCCUCAUGUGACAACAUGAAUGAUGAUUUGCGUGCAUUGAAAUUACUUUCAAACAAAUAUAGACUGAUCCAACAAGAGAACUCACAAUUAAUCAAAGCCAUUGAAGCUUUGACUUAUUUGCAACAACAAACAAAUAGUGAAAUGGUUGCUUCGAAUUUUCUCUCAUUGACUAGCGACAUUUCACACAGUGAAAUGAUACAACCCUCGCUGCUUUUACAAGAUGCACACUCCAAUGUUGCAUCGUUAGAGCAAGAAAAAGAGGAAUAUCCAGUAUAUAACACAUCCAUUUCUUCCGAGAAUACUCCUUUGGAUGUGAAAAAGAUUUUGGAAAAAUUUCGAACAAACAAAGAAAGUCUGUCUCAACUCUUAACAGGCAUGGAGAUGUUGGAACUCUUAUUUGAAGGUUUGGUCGAAGAGCAACGCAUCAAAAACUCUGGGCCACUUUCUUUAGAGCUAUUAAGCAAUGUUAAAAAUGCCAAGAUUGAGUUUGUUACCAAGUUGAGUGAGAAUGCUAAACGAAGGCAAGAUGUAGGUGGCUUGAUUGAGACAGAAAUUUUGAGAAAGCAAGCUCUUGCAGAGUAUCAUUUAGAGAAGAUGAAAUUGGAAAAUCCUGAUCAAAAUUUUGACAAUAUUGAUGCAAGCGAUGUCUUUUCAGUCAUGUUUCGAUUCGCUGGACUGGACCUGGAUGAAUAA